AUGAAAAUAUCUGACGAAAUCAUUCUAAUGUAUAAUAUCCUAAGAAUUCUUGGUUGGAGUCAAACUAUGGCUUUGAUAAUUUACUAAACCAAACAUGAUAUUGAUGAUAUUUCUAAUAUUUUAAACUUAGUCAAAGCUAUGACUAUUGGAAAAUGCUUUGAAAUUGUUUUCAUUAAACAAAGCCAAGCCUUAUCUUAAAGAAAUAUUUUGAAAUAUUAUAUAUUUCUUAUGAGGCUAAUAUUUUAAUGGUAUUUUAUGAGGCCCUAAUUAUGUUUUUGCUCUUUUAGAUAGACAAUUAGUGGCUGGGCAUUUAUGGAAAUCACUGAAUCGAUAUAUUAUGUCAGCAAAUCGAAAUUUAUGAAAAAGUUAUUAUCGCUUUUAAUAUUUAUCUAUGUUCCAUUUACUUUAAUAGGAAUGAUAAGAGUUAUUAAUAAGAUAAUUGAAAGGUAAAAUUAGGAAGAUUAUUUCAAGAGAUUAUUUUAGUUGAUCCUUGUUAUAUUUGUUGCUGUUUAACUUUAUAUUAAUUUUCAUAGAAUAGAGUUUCUAAAAUAGGAAGAAAGAAUUUCUAAAUUAAAAGCAUGA